AACACUGUUACCACGGAAACCGCGACACAAACCAUGCCGAGUCGACUGGACUAGUCCCCACACACAUUUAUUAGGAUUACACGAAAAAUGUCUCACGUGAAAUCUCAUCGCGGACAUGUUAAAAUCGGAAACUGGAAUGAGGAUUUGCGGUUGGAGGAGGAUACAAUGAAAGAACAUCUGGAGAAGAAAGAGAGGGGUGAGCUUGCCGCCCAGAAAGUAGACUUCCUCAGAGAGAACAUACUGAGACAGGUCAAUCUCUCUGUGUCCAGCGACGGUGCAUUGCGCUUUGGGGAUGUUGUGAUGUUGGUGAACAUGGGAGGUGAAAACAGGAAGCGCAGUGCAGUGAGUAUUAACGCAGACGUCAACGGUUUGACAAAGAUCCCUUCGCCUGGCAUUCAAGCGCCGUGUGGGAUCAGUGCAGGAGGAGGCAUUCAGCCCUGCACACGCACCGCUUUCAUCAUCACUAGUGUCGACGGCAGUCCUGAAGGCUCGAUGCUGCAUUUCGAGCAAAGCUUUGCCCUGAAAACAACAAGUGGAUUUGCCAGGGGACUUUACUUGGCAAGUGACCUGCGAAACUUUCAAAAGUUUGCGAAGAAGUCCCGCCUUCAAGAAGUAAACCUGGAGGACAGUUGUUCCUUUGUUACAUGGUGGAAGUUGGUACACUACGACCCCCAGGAGAGACUGGAAUAUGAGGGUCAGCCAGCUCCUGCUAAUGUGAAGGUGCUGAUCAUACACUGCAAGACCAACCAGGCUCUUGCUGUUCUGGGCGAUCACACCCUUUGGACCACAUACGGCAAAGAGUACGAGGUGACGGCUCACACUUUCCUGGACUCCCACAAAGCUGAACAGGACAACAAUCACUGGAUACUGUGCACCUCAGACCCUGCAGGGGACGGACUUGUGCUUCUCAACCGCCCACAGUCAGUCGCUGACGAUAACAAACUCACAUAACAAAAUCCCAACUUUAACCAAUUCCACCAGUUCAACUAAAACGAAUUGGCCCGCUUCCCAAACAUGUUAUUUCCUCUGUAAGAAAUCUGAUAUGAGACAUUGACGAACUAAGGCGAGCAAAUGUGAGUACUGACUUUUAAUAAGUGCAAUAACCAAUAAAAACAAAAAGUUCUGA